AUGGCUACCAACUUUCCACUUCCUACCUUGGAAGAGCUCAAAGACGAUUUGGAUUGCAAUUCCCACAUUGACCCCAACUCCCGCGUCUAUGAGAUGGAAGACAAGGACUGCAGCAUUUGCGCCGAAUCCAUAUUUGGGGCUCAUGAACACAAUGGCCAUCAUGGCGGCCCACGGCGUACCUGCAUCUUCCAAUGGAUCAACGGCAUCAACCCAAACCGCAACCGCUGCCCCAAUUGCCGCGAGUCACUGUGCAAGUUGAAUCUCCUGGAGCCGGACAAAGAGGCUCAAUGGCAAGCUGAAGAGUACGCUCGGACGUACAAUCCCGCCGGUUUCUCCAUCGGAAUCUAUAGCAACUUGAUGGAACUCGUCGAUAUGCACUUCAGCAGGCAGCGAUACGUUUUUAUGCAGCGUCAUAACGAGGACUGGGUUCGCAUUAUAUCCGAAGUGCGUUCAGAGUGGGUGCGGGGUGGGUGUGAAGGUAUGCGCUGCUGCCAUGAGCACGAGCGCAUGGAGUGGGAUUGGUUCGAGUUCGAGGUCGCGAAGCGCGUGUGGUCUUCGUUGCUGCGGGCAGACCUGACUCAGAUGCCAAAGGCAAAGCUCUUCUUAGCUUUCUACAACGCUAUGGACGAGAACCUCCAGGAUCGCUGGUUUGACAACCACCCAGCGGGCAACGACCAGCCUAUGCAAGAUGUGGAGGAGAACAUCGAACCUGUGGACGAAGUGGUGGACGUGCCACACAAUGGCGACAAUGCUGUGGUUGGAGCACAAACAUCUGCCAACAAUACUCAGGCAGCACAGUGUCUGGUGAAUCAACUCGAUCAGAUCGUCAGCAGCAUCGUUCUGGAUCAGCACGACCGAUUCCAGUCUUUCGCUGCAAAGGCCAUGUUCAGCAAGAUGUCCCACGCCCAGCUUCCGUCUCUAAUGCGAACAUUCGUAGGCACAACUCCAACCACAAUCCGGCAGCAGAUGAUGAUUCGGAUGUCGACACCCCCGCUGUUUCCUGGCGCGGACCGCUACAGGAUCUUCCACACGGCUCUGCACCAGUUCAUCGCAGUGCGUCAACACGUCGCUCGCGACAACCAACAACUCGAUCACCCGGUGUCGAAGCAGAUGACGACUCGGACGACGACUCGGACAUACGCAAUCCCGUCGACACCCUCGCUCGUUCCUCAACUCACACAGCUUACGGCUCUGCAGCAACUCACCGCAGUGCGUCGACACGUCGCUCGUGCCGACCAACAAUCCGAUCCCCUGCCGUUCAUCGGCAAGACCGCUUGGAUGACGCGCGCCACAACCUCAGAAGUGCUGAAAGCACGACGCAAGUUAGAGGAGCAGGACCACAUUGUGCUUGACGAGGUCCAGAAUGCUGGCCAAGUGCUUCGACUGGGUAACAUGGAUUGGCGUGUUAUGCGCAGCAAUGGCGAGGAGUUGUGUGAAGUUUCGGGUGCCAUUGGAUAUCAGUUCAUUGGCGAGACGGCGAUGUUCUAUCGUAACAAGGUUUAG